AUGGAACAGAGAUAUCGACUCUUGUCUCUCUCAAACUCUGAUUUAAUCUUACAGCGCUCACUCUCAUUAAUUUAUGCCUCAUAUGAAAAUGAACAUAGAGAAAGCAACGAUGGAAUCGCGAAUAAAGACAAAGAUUUUGUUUUCGAUAUUCAUCCAAGCUUACUUGUGGACACUAGUAAACUAAUCAUUGACAAAUUUGUUGGAGAAGGGUCUCAUUUCAUUCUCUAUAAAGGAUGGUAUCGAUUGGAUCCUGUCUCUAUAAAGGUAAUGCUUCCAAAAAAUACAUUAGAUGCUACUUAUGAAUGCAAAGCAAAAUUUCAACGCGAGGUGAACUUGAUAUCAAGGAUUAAACAUCAAAAUAUUGUCAAGUUUAUUGGAGCCUGUGUGGAACCAUCGAUGAUGAUAAUCACAGAAUUUUUGGAAGGUGGUUCACUUCAAAAACACUUAGAGAACAUUUAUCCGAGGACUCUAGAUUUGGAACAAUCUUUAAGUUUUGCUCUCGAUAUUUCUCAAGCCAUGGAGUAUUUGCAUGCAAAUGACAUCAUUCAUCGUGAUCUAAAGCCUGGUAAUCUUGUUCUUGCUGAAGACAAGAUGCAUAUCAAGCUUUCAGAGUUUGGAAUGGCCAGAGAAGAGAUAUGUGGUGAAAUGACUUCUGAGGCUGGUACUUACCGAUAUAUGGCUCCUGAGUUAUUAAGCAAGGAGCCACUUCCAAAGGGAGAAAAGAAAUGCUAUGAUCACAAGGCAGAUGUGUAUAGUUUUGCAUUAGUUCUAUGGGGGUUGACAAAAAAUCAAAUUCCAUUUAAAGGAAGGAGUGAAUUGAUGGCAGCAUAUGCGGCAGUAAGAAACAUGAGACCAAGUGUGGAUGAGUUUCCAAAUGAUCUACUUCCCCUGUUGCAGUCCUGUUGGGCAGAAAACCCGAAUCUCCGGCCGGAAUUCGCCGAGAUCACAAAUAUUCUGACACAGGUUCUCCAAAACUUCCAGACAAAAAGAACAACAGCACCUCUGCAAGAAGCUGUCUCAAAACAUAUGAUAGAUGAAGGUCAGAGUAAGAAGAACUCUAGUGGUUGCAGCACAGAGAAACAGUUUCAUAGUAUAAAAGUGAGUGCUAGUGCAUGCUUACCACAAAGCAAGUUGAAAAAGAAAAUUAAUAAGUACAAGUCUUUAGUGCUUCGUUUCAGCAGAUGCUUUGCCAGUUUUUGACAUGUUGGUUAUGUUUAUGUUUUUCUAAAUUUGAUAUUAAAUACAUUUUGGACAAGCAUUCAAUGAACUAAUAUCGUUCA